AUGUUCAUCAAGAGCUUCCGCGUCGAGAGCCCCCAUGUGCGGUACGGCCCGACGGAGAUCGAGUCGGAGUACCGGUACGACACGACGGAGCUGGUGCACGAGGGCAAGGACGGCGCCUCCCGCUGGGUCGUCCGCCCCAAGUCCGUCAAGUACAACUUCCGGACCAGCACCGCCGUCCCCAAACUUGGGGUGAUGCUUGUGGGGUGGGGAGGCAACAACGGGUCCACGCUGACGGCUGGGGUCAUUGCCAACAGGGAGGGGAUCUCAUGGGCGACCAAGGACAAGGUGCAGCAAGCCAACUACUUCGGCUCCCUCACCCAGGCCUCCACCAUCAGAGUCGGCAGCUACAACGGGGAGGAGAUCUAUGCGCCGUUCAAGAGCCUCCUGCCCAUGGUGAACCCAGACGACCUUGUGUUUGGAGGCUGGGACAUCAGCAACAUGAACCUGGCUGAUUCCAUGACCAGGGCCAAGGUGCUGGACAUUGACCUGCAGAAGCAGCUCAGGCCCUACAUGGAGUCCAUGGUGCCACUUCCCGGCAUCUAUGACCCGGACUUCAUCGCCGCUAACCAGGGUUCUCGUGCCAACAAUGUCAUCAAGGGCACCAAGAAAGAACAGGUGGAGCAGAUCAUCAAGGAUAUCAGGGAGUUUAAGGAGAAGAACAAAGUGGACAAGAUAGUUGUGCUGUGGACUGCAAACACUGAAAGGUACAGCAAUGUAUGCACUGGUCUCAACGACACAAUGGAGAAUCUGCUGGCAUCUGUGGACAAGAACGAGGCGGAGAUCUCGCCAUCAACACUAUAUGCCAUUGCUUGUGUCAUGGAGGGGGUGCCGUUCAUUAAUGGGAGCCCCCAGAACACCUUUGUGCCAGGGCUGAUUGAUCUUGCUAUUAAGAACAACUGCUUGAUUGGUGGUGACGACUUCAAGAGUGGACAGACCAAGAUGAAAUCUGUCUUGGUUGAUUUCCUUGUUGGUGCUGGAAUAAAGCCCACCUCAAUUGUGAGCUACAACCACCUUGGAAACAACGAUGGCAUGAACCUGUCUGCCCCUCAAACAUUCAGGUCCAAGGAGAUAUCCAAGAGCAAUGUGGUGGAUGACAUGGUCUCAAGCAAUGCCAUCCUCUAUGAGCCUGGCGAGCAUCCCGAUCAUGUUGUUGUCAUCAAGUAUGUGCCGUAUGUGGGAGACAGUAAGAGGGCUAUGGACGAGUACACCUCCGAGAUCUUCAUGGGCGGCAAGAACACCAUCGUGCUGCACAACACCUGUGAGGACUCACUCCUCGCCGCACCUAUCAUCCUUGAUCUGGUGCUCCUGGCUGAGCUCAGCACCAGGAUCCAGCUAAAAGCUGAGGGGGAGGACAAGUUCCACUCCUUCCACCCAGUGGCCACCAUCCUGAGCUACCUCACCAAGGCACCCCUGGUUCCCCCUGGCACACCGGUGGUGAACGCUCUGGCAAAGCAGAGGGCGAUGCUGGAGAACAUCAUGAGGGCCUGCGUUGGCCUGGCCCCAGAGAACAACAUGAUCCUGGAGUACAAGUGA